AUGGAAUUUAAAAAAGAGGUUGAAAUUUUACAAUUAUCACCUAAUAAAGAAAGUAUAAUAAAAGCAAUGAAAUCUAUUGAAAGUAUCUCAACAACUGCACGUGCUGAAUCAUCACACAGUGCUUUUAAACAAGCUAUAGAAACAGCCAGUGGAUUAGAAUCAGUUUUUGAAAAUAUUGACCAAAGGAUGCAAGUAAAAAAUCUCAAAAUAGCUGUAUAUACUGGCACUAACAAAGUAGCAUGUAAUCCAUUUACUUUGCGUGAUUCUCGCUUUAGUAUAAUUAUUGGUAAUGUAUCAACAUAUGCAAUUAAUAGAAUAAAAAAUCUUUUAGUUGAAAUUCAAGAAAAUUCAACAAAAUAUAAAGGACCAAUUCCUCUUAAUAUUAUUGAUAAGUGUUGGUAUCUUUAUAGGUCUAAAAUAAAAGAUCUUCCAAGUCCUUCUUUAGAGUUAUCAGCUACUAACCCAAAAUUUUAUAAAGUCUUUCUUAAAGCUGAAAAUACAUUUUGUGAACUUCCAAAUGAUACUUCUAUAAAUGCAAAAUUUAUAGCAUCACCUAAAAUGAAAGUUUCAAAAGGUUGCCAUUCAGGAACCAAGCAUAAAAAACUUUUGAGCGAGAAGCAAGAUAUAGAGACAAAGAAAAAAAAAAAGGUUCUGCAUAAUUUACUAUCAAAGAUAAAUCAGGCCAAUACUUUGCAAUCUCCUAUUAUCUCUUAUAAAGAUGUUGAUAUGUAUGAAGACAGUAUGCCAAUGUUUAUGAAAAAGUUUAUAUUAAGCUAUAUAAAUGUUCGUAGUGAUGGAAACUGUGGCUUCCGUGCUAUUGCUAUAUCACUUGAAAUAUCUGAAGAUGAAUGGCCAACUAUAUAA